AUGAUGCUCCUAGGCUUGUUGCUUGCUCUUGGGCAAGUUGAACGCAUUCACGCCGCAUCAUCUACAGGGCUCCUCGAUGUAUUCGAGGUCUACCAGCCCGUCACAUUUGCUCCUAAAAGUGACAAUGGCUGCAACACGGAGAUGUUAUUGAUGGAUCACGUCUUUGGCGAGAGCUACGGAGUGCCGUUCGUAGGAAGCUAUGAGCCUCCAAGCUGCAAGUUUGAUACCGUCAGAAUCAAUAUGACCGUCACUUCUAGCGGUCACCAGUAUGAUCGACUGGCUCUGAUGUAUCUGGGCGAUGCAGAGGUCUUCCGUACCUCGACUGCUGAGCCGACGGCUACGGGAAUUGUGUGGACAUACAUCAAGGAGAUGUCGCAGUAUAAUGCUUUGUGGGCAGAGCCGCAGAAGUUGAUCUUUGAUCUGGGCAAUAUUAUUACGGAUGUGUAUACGGGACCAUUCAAUGUCACGUUGACAGCGCACUUCUCCUACACCAAGAAUGCGAGAAGCGCAGACAUUAUUCUUCCCAUCUCGGCCAAGAACUCUGCUUCCAACUCUUCGAGUGCGUUCACGGUUCCUACCGAUAACACCACUGUCUCUUAUACCAUUCCCGACACGGUUUCCCGGGCUGUGGUUGCUAUCUCUGCCUGCGGUCAAUCCGAGGAGGAAUUCUGGUGGUCGAAUGUUUUCUCCCAGGAUACUGAAGAUUUCACUACCACCGUUGGCGAGCUAUACGGUUACACUCCUUUCCGAGAGAUUCAGCUCUAUAUUGACGGUAUUCUUGCUGGCGUCGUGUGGCCAUUCCCCGUUAUUUUCACUGGAGGUGUGGCUCCGGGCUUUUGGCGACCAAUUGUCGGCAUUGAUGCCUUUGAUCUUCGCCAGCCGGAGAUUGAUAUCUCGCCUUUCCUACCACUGAUGCAAGAUGGUAAAGAACAUUCGUUCGAGAUCCGGGUCACCGGUUUGAAUGUCACCGGUGAGACUGCCUCCUUUGCUGACACCGUGGGCUCCUACUGGGUCGUCACUGGCAACAUCUUCCUCUACACCGGGGAAAAGGCUAGUUCGAAGAAGAACACCGUUCCUCGAAUUGAGGCUCCUGCGCCUAAAUUCACUGUCACUAGACACCUAGCGCAGAACAGUACCGGUGGAAAUGACACAUUGUCGUAUUCGGUGACAGCAGAACGGACCUUCACUGCAACAUCCUCCGAGUACUCGUGGUCCCAAAAGCUGUCCUUCUCAAACUACGGCUACCUCAACCAAGAAGGAUACAGCCAAGUCAACAAGCAACUUACUUCAGGAAAGAACACCAUAUCACAACUCGGAAGCAAAUCAAGCUCCAACGAAACCACAUUCAGCUACCCCCUCCUCGUCAACGCAACCUACGGCAUCACAACAAACUCCCUCACGAUCGAUGCAUGGAUGGAGCGAGGUCUGGAGAUUGAAUCUUCUGGUGGUCCGGGCUUAUCGACUUACACAUUCGUCUCCGGACCGUCUCAGCUGUCUACAACCCAGUCUGGUAAUGCGACGUAUGAAUCGGUUACGGGGUCCAGCUCAGUUUCGACUGGUAACACGGCUGAUGAGUUCAAGAGCGUUGCGAAUGGGGUCUCGUAUUCGAGAUCUGUUAGCGCUGUGAAUGGCAGUGUGGUCUCUGAUACUCAGGGUGCUGCGAAUAAGGUGUCUAAUGAUAUGACUGCGUUGGGUCGGGGGAGUGUGCGGAGUAUGUUGGGGAGAGGACCGGGUAGUCCGUCGAAUUAG